AGUGCGACUGCCAAAAUUCACCACAACUGUGGCUGCAACGUUCGCGGCCGGUACCACGUCGAGCUGAGCCGAGCUGCCUGCGCUCUCUGGGGUGCCACUCAGCCCCAUACCUGGUUCGAUGGCUAUUCCUGCAUUGACAAGGGCAUCGGCCGUGGCAUUGAUGGCCAGCCGUUUGAGAACACCUGCCAGGAGGCCUGGGAUGUCAACUUCGGUGGAAACCGAAAUGAUGUCCGCGGCAACUGCUGGCACUAA